AUGAUUACAAAAAAUAAAAAGAGACUCCCAAUUCAAUUACAAACAUCAUCUAAACCAAGAAUUAUAACUUCUGAUCCAGCUACAGAUAUCAUCUGGACCAAGAAUUAUAGUGAUUACAAGAAGCGAGAAAAGACUCCUGAUCCAGCUACAAACAUAAUCUGGACGAAGAAUUAUGGAGAUUAUGAGAAAGCUUAA